CCAGCCGGCAACGGUAAGCAAAAGCAUGACUAAUGAAAUCAAAUGGGCUGUGCAACAUAUUUAUUCCUUUAGCUGUCCUUCGAUGAGGCAAAAGCUCUUACAACUGGUUUGAAAUUUGGAAAAAAAAAAAAUUACGAAUAAAAAAAAUAUAUAUGUGCAACAGUCAGACCAUCUUUUGGUGGGGCAUGGCUACAAUAAAAAUGGAGAAAUGUGCCGUUUUUGACGAGCUUUUCUGGACAUUUCCGCCUGAAUCACUUUCCGAAUCCUGCUUCGUCUUUCUCGGCUCUUUUCUUGACGCCCUUUUAACGCCCGCUUGACGCCCGCUGCAAGAUGGCAGCCGUCCGUUGCCAUGAGCACCGCUGCCGUAAAACCACCAUCGAAGAAGGAAAACGCGGAAGUUAGCGUGCCUUCAAGGCAACAACAAAACAGCACUACGGCUACCAGAACAAUGGCGUCGCACGAGGAGAACGAGCGUCAAGGAAAACAACUGGAAGCUGAUGGCGAAAAUCACAUCGUGUUGUACAUCCAAGAUGUCCAGCAGCUGAUUGUUCAUCAGGAAAAACUUUUCAUCCAGUCGAAUGGAGGGCACGCCAGUUUCGAGCAUGAGGAUCCACAGACACCCCAUGUUACAGACAAAGAGGUGGAUCCAAAGCCUCCAACCGUUAAAGAGGAAGUGAAUGAGUUCGAUAUCAGUGAGUUGCCACUGAUUGAUGUCUCUAUGAAGAGUGAAGACAAAGACGAACCACUUCAGUGGUCACAGCUUCAUCGUCACAGUCCAAGUGGAGACCACUGUGGAGGACCACCACCAGUCAACAUUUUAGCGCCACUGUCAGACAGCGACGGCAUGGAGAGCGACUCAAACUUUGAAGGUGACAACAAAGAGUCGAAGUGCUGUAAAAACAACAAGGAAAUGUCACAAACAUGUAAAAAACGUUUUAGCUGCUCAGUUUGUGGUAAAUGUUUCACCAGAAAAACAUAUGUCAGACACAUGAGAACACACAGUAGUGAAAAACUCUUCCGUUGCUCACUGUGUGAUAAAACAUUCUCUCAUGAGUCAAAAGUGGCGCAACACAUGAGAACACACACAGGAGAAAAACCCUUUAAUUGCUCAUCGUGUGCUAAAACAUUCACUCUGAAGUCAAACAUGCUAUCACACAUGAGAAUACACACAGGAGAAAAAAAAUGUUGUUGCUCAACUUGUGGUAAAACAUUCUCUCAUAAGUCAAACAUGAUAAAACACAUGAGAACACACACAGGAGAAAAACCCUAUAGUUGCUCAAUGUGCGAUAAAACAUUCUCUCAAACGUCACAUUUGGUAUCACACAUGAAAAUACACACAGGAGUAAAGUCUUUUUGUUGCUCAAUUUGUGGUAAAAGAUUCACUCUAAAGCGAAAUAUGGUGGCACACAUGAGAACACACACAGGAGAAAAACCUUUUAGUUGUUUAGUUUGUGGUAAAACAUUCUCUCAAAAACGACAACUAGUACGACACAUGAGCACACACACGGGGGAAAAACCCUUUAAUUGUUCUAUUUGUGGUAAAACGUUCUCUCUAAAGCGAGCCAUGGUAGCACACAUGAGAACACACACUGGUGAAAAACCUUUUCGUUGCUCGGUUUGUAGUAAAACAUUCUCACAUAAGUCCAACAUGGUAAAACACAUGAGAACACACACAGGAGAAAAACCCUUUCAAUGCUCAUUGUGUGAAAAAACAUUUUCUCAAACGUCACACAUGGCAUCACACAUGAAAAUACACACAGGAGAAAAACCUUUUUGUUGCUCAAUUUGUGGUAAAAGAUUCACUAUAAAGCGAACCAUGACAUCACACAUGAGAAUACACACUGGUGAAAAACCAUUUUGCUGUUCACUGUGUGGUAAAAGAUUCAGUCAAAAGCAAAGCAUGGUAAAACACGUAAAAACACACACAGGGGAAAAACCCUUUUGUUGCUCAUUUUGUGGUAAAACAUUCUCCCAAAAGUCACACAUGGGAUCACACUUGAAAAUACACACAGGAGAAAAACCCUUUCGUUGCUUAGUUUGUCGUCAGACAUUCAUUCAAAAACACAAUCUGGUAUCACACACGAGAACACACACAGGGGAGAAACCCUUUCGUUGCUCAAUGUGCGAUAAAACAUUUUCUCAUAAGUCAUACGUGGCAUCACACAUUAAAAUACACACAGGAGAAAAAUCCUUUAGUUGCUCAGUUUGUGGUCAAACAUUCAUUCAGAAGCACAGUCUUGUAUCACACAUGAGAACGCACACGGGAGAAAAACCGUUUAGUUGCUCAACUUGUGCCAAAUCCUUCUCUCGAAAAGACAGUAUGGAAACACACAUGAGAACACACACGGGUGAAAAACCUUUUUGUUGCUCAUUUUGUGGUAAAACAUUUGCUCUGAAGUCAAACAUGGUAAAACAUAGAAGAAAACACACAAGAACAAAACCCUUUGGGCCAGUUUGAUUGCAUACUUGAGGACACAAAACAACUGAGAAUGAAUGUUCAACUGUAGUCCCCUGCAGUACUGCUGUAUCCGAAGCAGACCACACAUUGUCUUUACUGAAAGUUAUUCUUCUGAAGAUCUGUAAAUGUUUUAUUUAGUUGUGUAGUACACUACGUUCAUUGUUGUCCUCCUCUUUGUACUCCACAUCUGAGUCAUCAUUGUUGAUGGAGACGAAGCAGACCACCAUUCUUUUCUCCUGCCUGUCUGUGUAAGCUAUAGCUCAUACAAGCUGCUCUGAAAGUGCCCCAAAAUCCUUUUCCGUAUUGAAAACAACCCGACCUUGCCAUGCAAAGUCGAGUAUUAUUUUAAAAGUGGCCUUGUAAAUGAAUUUUUAAUAAUGUCCCAAAAUCGUCCUCUUCAGUAAAUCAAUUCUCAUGCACAUAUUCAGCUGAACCAAUCGGAGGACUAUUUAGCUGAACCAAUCAGAGGAUGGGAAAAAUACCAACAUGAGUCAUCUUGCGUGCAGGAAUGGUAAAUCUAAAAUCUGAUUGGUUAGACCAUUUCAACUAUGUGCGUGUGUUUGACUUGGUUGAUGCCACCACUUAGGAAUCUGAAGGUUUGGGCAGAUUAUAUUUACAUGGCAACACAUAGAAGCACAUGCACACAUGCUAUGAAAUGAAGACAAAAGACCAUUGGAAACAAAUAACUAUAUACUGUAUUAUUAUAUACAUAUUGUAUUAUAUUAUAAUAAAUAUAAAUAAAUAAUUACGUUGUAAUUGUAGGUCAGUUUCAUAGUGUUACGGGUUAGGGUUAGGGGUUAAGGUUAGGGUCAGGGUCAGCAGAGAAGGCUCUGAAGGCCGUCACGGAGGGAAUAUGAUCAUGAUGUUUGGUGUGGACUUUUCUACUCUGUCUGUCAAAGCACUUUGUGUACAUGUGUUUUUAAAGCUGCUAUAUAAAUAAAGUCAUAAGUGCAAACCCAGGACACGCUGGAGAGACUACGUCCUUCGGCUGGCCCGGGAACGCCUCGGGAUCCCCCCGGAAGAGCUGGAUGAAGUGGCUGGGAAGACGGAAGUCUGCGCGUCCCUGGUAAAGCUACUGCCCCCGCGACCCGACCCGGAUAAGCGGUAGAAAAUGGAUGGAUGGAUAAGUGCAAAAAAAAAAAACCUCAGGGUGCACAGUCCUCUGUUUCUAUGAAGGUGAAUGUGAAUAGGCUAGUCUUCGCUGUGAUAGACUCGAGGUUUGACCUCACUUAACGUGAGUCUUGUGAGACAGAUGGGCACUUCUUAGAAAUUCUAAAGUUCCUAAUUCAAAUUCGGCAGCAAGAAAAAUAUGAUUCAUCACUUAGAUCAGCCCUAUCUAACAGGUCUAUGACACAGCUGAGAAAUGGUGGCCAUUUUGAAUUUUCAAUUAUCCAAAAGACAAUAACAAGUACUAUGUAUGGUCAAAAUUCAAGUAAUUUUGUCUUUAUAUCAUAUUGUAUUCAUAUUGCUGUCAGCCAUUUUGAAAAAUGGGUGCCAUGUUGAAAGUUCAUGAUUCCUCCAUAUCCAAUUGUUUUGGGAAUAGCUUUGGGCAUAAUUGUAACAAAUUUCACGCUUUUAGCACAAACUGAACAAUUCUUUUAUAUUUUUAGCUAAGGUGCUCCACUACUACUACAUUGGUUUGAUAUAUUUUUGAAAUAGAACCUUAAAUACCUUCAGAUUAAAGGUGAAAGUCGACACUUCAAUUCCAUCUUGGUUGUUUUAUUUAAAGUCCAAUGUGGAUAGCUCGACAAAAAUCUUUUUUAAACCAUUGCAACUUUUCAAAUGCUACUUGGACUUUCUCGGCUCUCAUCUGCAAGCCUC